AUGAUCAAGUCACCGAAGAUAACUGAAGAUGUUCGAUUAAAAAAUAACGGAAAUAUCCAGUUGAAAAAUAUUAGUGAAGAGGUCAGUCAGUCCCAUGAUAAUCAAUCUAUAGUUAAACCACCUCCAAGCACCUACCGCAUAUACAACAUAUUCAACAUCAUUUUAGAUUUAUCACAUAGCUUGAUUAAGACAAGUAGUGCUGCUUCCAGCUCCGCGUGGUCAAUCACCUCGUUUUACAUUAGUCAUUUUAUUCUACUAAGUUUAUUUUUGGUCAUUGCCAUUUACAAGAAUUUCCAAUACAUCUAUCGUCGCUUGUAUUUGAAGUAUUUGACGUUGACCUAUUAUCCAAGCAAGUCACCACAAGUCAUUAGAGAUGAUGUUAAUAGAUUAACGAAGAUUCCAAAAAUCUUGAGUUGCAUUUUAGACUUGAAGGAUGACGAUGACGAAAACGGUGGCAAGGAUGGGUUGAUCGCAUCGAUUGGUGAAUUAUCUGCAUGGUGUUUAAGUGCUGGGAUUGGAAAACUUAUUAUUUAUGAAUUUACUGGGUGUUUGGGCCAGACUAACGAUUGCAUUGCAGAUGUAAAGAAAGAAAUAACGAAAACCUUGACAUUAUACUUUGGCACCGAUUCUAUUCCAAAAUUUUCUAUCCGAGUUCCACACAAGAAUAUGAUUAUUUAUAGCGAUAAUUACAAAAGUGAACAGGAUCAAAAUGUUGAUUUGGAAAUUGAUUUGAUUAGCCGUGUGGAUGGCAAGCCAACAGUCGUUGAGUUAACCAAAACUAUGAGUGAAUUGGCUGCUAAUAAGGAAUUGCUGAUAAAGGAUAUUACUAUUGAAUUGAUCGACGAAGAAUUGAGAGAGCUUGUUGGUCCAGAGCCAGAUUUAUUGAUUAGUUUUGCACCUUCUUUGAAUUUAGAGGAUUAUCCACCAUGGCAAAUUAGAUUGAGUGAGAUUUACUGGGAACCAGAUAACAAAGACGUGAACUAUGCCGUUUUCCUUCGUGGUUUACAGCAAUUCUCCAAUUGUAAAAUAAAGAUUGGUAAGUGA